AUGGAUUCUGAGAUUAUUACUUGCUGGAGGGACGGCUUCCAUAUUGGCCCUUCUUAUAAUGUCACGCGAAAAGUUUGGAAUUGCAAAGACCACUUUUUGAACUGCGAUUGUCCAUCAAUUGAGGCAGAUCCUGAUAUCGCAGGAAUCGGGGUCGUCGCAGCAUUUCUCACAUCCGCCAGCCUUACACUCUUCGCCACCAUACUAUGCCUGGUGUUAUCUAGAAAUAAUAUACUUCCGACAUACAAUCCGAUCGACGAGUUCUUCCGCCACUACAUGUGCGAACCCGUGCAAAAUCUCAUUGGCCAUCACAAUUCUCAAGUCUGGGGGCGAGUCCUAUACGACAUGGUCGUCGGCUUGAGCGAUCAGCAGCUCGUCACAGGGAUCGCGCUUCUGGUCACGGCCAUUAUCAAGCUUUACAACGGCUCAAUCACGGUGUACCACCUCAACAUCGUCACCGACCUCGUGUGGUUCAGCUCAAAUACCCACAUCUUAUCGCUGCUGGUCGUGCGGUCUUUCGAGCAGAGCGUGAAACCGAACCAGCGUCAGCCGGCUAACAAUGCCAGAAGACCUCGACAAUUCAAGGCAAAACUACCGAGCCUUAUUCGGGCCCUGUUGAUGUGUAUCCUGGCGGGCAUGCUCCUGUAUCUCACGUGGGUAUCAGCGUGCUCGGAGUGGUACGGGGUGCUCGAUUGCCCUGCCCAAUGUACGCUACCAUAUGGGAAGGGUGGUAGUCCGCUGCAGUGGGCUAUAGUCAACUUUGUUCUCGUCCUUUAUACGUACCCUCUGGCCCUCUUCAUGCUCUCGAGAGGGAGCCGGAUCUUCUGGGUGGAUAAAUGUCGACCUACACUCAUCGAUGACAAAUCCCUCGUGGCAGCAGGCCAGAAAGUCAACUGGGGCCAACAUGGCAGCCUUCUGGGAAAAGGGCUGAAAGCGUUCUUUCUGUCGGUAUGGUUCUUUCUGUCAUCGGACAUGGAAGCCAUUCUGGAGCAGAUCGCGUGGCACGUCCUCGGAUACUACUGGCUCUUCAGCGACCGAGACAACGGGCACAUAAUCAUGGACGAGUCGGAGAAGGAGAAGGAAAACGGACUGGGUUUCGGCCAACUGGUCCCGCUGUUUCUUCUCAUGCUGCCAGUGGUGCAAUUCUUCGAGUCUUGGGCCGGUAAGCUCUUCCCCCAUGCACCAAACGUUUUCCUGAAAGCUGACCACGGAAAGCUCGCUCUUGACCAAAUUUCGGCCUGA